UUGAGUGAUCUGAAUGAAUGAAGGGAUCUGUCCUUGUUUCCACGGCAGAAGUUAGUCCUAUAAAUGUAACCGCAAAUGAUUCCAACCUCUGACAAAAAACUCCUUUUUCCAUACACACUAGUGUCAUUCAUUCAUUCAUCCUAAUAACAAACAAGUAACAAACUCAGCAAAAUGGCAUCCCGCCGCCACAAGAAGGUAGUUAUAGUAAUGGGCCCCACCGGGUGCGGCAAGACCAAGCUCUCCCUGGACCUCGCCUCCCGCUUCUUCCCCUCCUCCGAGAUCAUCAACGCCGACAAAAUCCAGACCCACCGCGGCCUCCCCAUCACCACCAACAAGGUCCCCCUCUCCGACCGCCUCCAAAUCCCCCACCACCUCCUGGGCUCCUUCCAGUCCUCCCCCUCCCACCCGGAGCUCACCCCCUCCGACUUCCGCCUCUCCGCCUCCUCCCUCAUCUCCCAAAUCCUCUCCCGCCGCAACACCCCCAUCAUCGUCGGCGGAUCCAACUCCUUCAUCUACGCACUCCUCGCCAAGUCCUUCCGCCCCGACUCGGACGUCUUCACCCAUUCCAACUCACCCAUCUGCAAAGGCCUGAGGUACCGCUGCUGCUUCAUCUGGGUGGACGCCUCGCCGGCGGUGCUGACCGAGUAUCUGGCCAGCCGGGUGGACGAGAUGAUGGAGGCGGGGAUGCUCGACGAGCUGGAGGAGUUUUUCGGCAGCGGCGAGUCGGACUCGGUGAGUGGGCGCGGCCUGGGGAGGGCGAUUGGAGUCCCCGAAUUCAGGAGAUAUUUCCAGACAAAAGCGCGCGGGGAUGGUGACGUGGCGGAGAGGGAGGCCUACGUGGAGGCUGUGCGGGCCAUCAAGGACAACACGUGUCAGCUGGCCAAGAGGCAGCUGGCCAAAAUCCUGAGGCUGAGGGACUCGGCCGGGUGGGACUUGAAGAGGGUUGACGCCACGGAGGCGCUGAGGGCGGCGAUGGCCGGGCGGAAGACGGCGGAGCAUUGGGAGAGAGAGGUGGUCGAACCGAGUAGGAAUAUUGUGAAGCGCUUCUUGAUGGGGGAAUAGCUAAAUUGGAAUAUACUACUACUACUUACUACUACUAAUACUUUAUUACUACUAUCAUUUUAAUUAUUGUUUUUGUUCAAUUCGGAUUUUUAUAGUUUAUUAACUUUUGGGGGCGGAGACGAGGCUGCUGGUGGCAGAGGACGACCACCAAUUUUGUUGCAUUUGCUUAUUAUUAAAACAAAUUAUUGUUCAUAAAUAGUUUUUGUGAUCAUAAUUUAUAGUAGUAGUAAACUUUAUUUGAAGACUGAAUAAAACUAAAACAAUUUUGUGA